AUGACGUAUGGCAGUGAUCAAGGUGCUAAUAUGGGGUAUGGUGGUGAUCAGGAUGCUGGUAUGGGGUAUGGUGGUGAUCAGGAUGCUGGUAUGGGGUAUGGUGGUGAUCAGGACGCUGGUAUGGGGUAUGGCAGUAAUCAGGAUGCUGGUAUGGCAUAUGGGGUGAUCAGAACCCUGGUAUUGGGUAUGGUGCUGAUCAGGACACAGGUAUUGGGUAUGGUGGUGAUCAGGAAGUUGGUAUGGCAUAUGGGGUGAUCAGGAUGCUGGUAUGGUGUAUGGUGGUGAUCAGAAUGCUGGUAUGGUGUAUGGUGUGAUCAGGAUGCUGGUAUGGUGUAUGGUGGUGAUCAGAAUGCUGGUAUGGUGUAUGGUGGUGAUCAGGAAGUUGGUAUGGCAGUGAUCAGGAUGCUGGUAUGGGGGUAUGGCGGUGAUCAGGAUGCUGGUAUGGGGUAUGGUGGUGAUCAGGAUGCUGGUAUGGGUAUGCUGGUGAUGAUGCUGGUAUGGGGUAUGGCAGUAAACAGGAUGCUGGUAAGGCAUAUGGGGUGAUCAGAACCCUGGUAUGGGGUAUGGCGUUGAU